AUGUUCUCAAUUUUUACAAAGAUAAAAGAGCGUGUUGAUAGCUUUCUAAAGGAGAAGAACUGUGUAACCGAUUGCCUCAACAAAAUCGAAGAGAAAAGUGGAAUUAAGAAGCGAUAUGUUGUAAUUGGAGCGGCCUCUGCAACAGGACUGUAUUUAUUGUUUGGAUAUGGAGCCUCCCUGAUCUGCAACUUAAUCGGCUUUGUUUAUCCUGCAUUUUAUUCUAUUAAAGCGAUUGAAAGUCCAAACAAAGACGAUGACACACAGUGGCUCACUUACUGGGUGGUGUAUGGAUUUUUUGGUGUGGGGGAAUUCUUCUCAGACAUCUUUCUCUCCUGGUUCCCUUUCUACUAUCUGUGCAAAUGCCUGUUUUUGUUGUGGUGCAUGGCUCCAAUCUCCUGGAACGGCUCUCGGGUGCUGUACAGGCGCUUGAUCAGGCCUUUCUUCCUCCGACAUGAAGCCACCGUAGACAACAUGGUUUGUGAUCUGAGCGGAAAAGCUAUGACAGCUGCAGAAACUGCCACAAGAGAGGUUCUUCAAACUCUGGUAAGAAACAGGACGAUUCACCCCACUGAGACGACCACCAGAGAGCUUCCCAGUUCAACCCCUAAUGAACCCAGUGUUGACUGAAUUGUCUUCACGGAAUGAAAAAGACAAUAACCAAAACCUCAGAAAACAGCAGAAAAUACACAGGCACAUGAAUUAAUGUAAUACUUCUUUAAUGUAAUACCCGUUUAAAU